AUGGAGCGGCGGCGGUCCUCGAGUUGUAAGAUGAGCCUGUGUAAGUCCGCGUCAAGCUCCUUGGGUUACGUGGACAGCAGUAUGGACGUGGACUGUGGUAGCGGCUGGAAAUACGCUCCCCAAGUCGUUUUGGUAAAAAUUUAUUCCUUCCUUAACGACACUGACAGAGCUAUCAUGGCCAGGGUUUGUCGGAACUGGUCGCUCGCCUUCGAAGCCGGGUGUCUGUGGCGACGUAGGAGGUUUGAAAUGGGUGGAUAUCGAGCACGGACAGCAGAGUUCCAGGCGUCUGGUUUUGCCGAAAAGUUUGGUCAGCAUCUGAGGUACCUUACGAUAAGUUGUAAUCAUCCGUCUUUGGUGACGUGCAAGAUUUUCCAGCGCGCCAUGGAAGCCUUUCUGCCGAAACUUCAAAGAAGAGCAAAGCUGAAGGAAUUUCGCUUCUCCCGUUUGGAAAUGGACCGUUACUGGCGCUACGAACAGCUCAAAGAGAAGCUUAUUCUGACGUUGACGCGGUUUCUGCGUCAACAAUUCUGCCUGCGAGUUCUGGACUUGUCUUACUCUCAGUUUUACCUCAGCGCCGGUCUGAGGAUCAUAGAGUCCGUGGGAUUAUCCUGUGGCCAUUGCUUAAGACGCCUGAUAAUGGAGGACAUCUUCCACUCUCGUCUGACAGUCUACUCUGGACUCCGCUACAAACGCGCCAUCUCGCGCUUCACCAAUCUCCGGACCAUUUCAUUAAAUUACGGCUAUCUAUCCGACGAUGUCAUGGAAAUCCUGCGGGGUAACUUAGCGGGAAAAUUGAAGACGAUGAGAGUGAGAGUGUACAGGAGUGAUCCCCAUGGACACAGAAUCACUAAACUUGCUUGGAAUGGCCUGAGAAGAGCAUGCCCAAGUCUGAAAGUCAAGUUCAAUUUCGAAAGCAUCGGUUUUGCGUCGGACAUAAUCCCCAUAUUGGUGGCGGGGAUUCCCCUGUACGAGUUGUACAUUUGGACGGGAUUCGAUGAUAACUCCGAUUGGAGACUUUCAUCUAUUCUUAAUCACGUGGCCGUAAACUUCAAAGACACUCUUGAAAUUUGUAAUUUUGAGUUUGACAACAGCACGGAAAUGAUCGACGACGCCUUGUUUCGGUUGACUCAGAGCUGCGUGCGCUUGCGCAGUUUCAUAACUAACGCCGUCUUGCUGAUAUCGACCAUCCAGAACAUAUGUGAACUGGUUGAACAAAGAAAACUCGACCCCCGGACGUUCCACAUCACGGCAUGUAACCUGAGUGAUCUGGAGUGGGCGGAACUGGCUUACCUACAGGAGAAGUACGCCAACAUGGCCGAUGAGCGGAGCAUAGACUUUCGGCUGAGUUCGGACUUGAUCGUGGAGAGUCGGCAUGCGGAAUUCUGA